GUAUGUGAGACGCUAUCUUUGCUUAAGCAAGUCUGGCCAGAAGGAUCUGAUAUUCGACGUGUCCUUUGUGUUAUUUCCUGCUCAUUGUCUUUGAGAAUGUACCAUGACCUUUUAAAAAACAAAAAGACCUCCUCUGAUCAGAAGACUAAUACCCAAAAGGUGCAGAGCAAUUGCUUAGACCUGAAGAAGGCGGAAGAUUUUUGUAGACUGGAUUGUCUCAGUGUGGCUUUUCUACUCCACUUACCUCUUUCUCAAAGAGCUCGUUCUAGAUUCAUCACUUCCCAUUGGAUUAAGGACCUUCAGACUUUCUUUAAAAUGAAAAAAUGGUGUGAAUAUUUCAUCCUAAGCAAAAUAAACAUUUUUGAAUUUUGGAAUCUGAAUUUAACUCACCUUUCUGACUUAAGUGAUGAGUCUUUGUUGAAGAAUAUUGCUUUUUACUAUGAAAAUGAGAAUAGAAAAGGCCUGAAUUUGGAUUUGGGAAAUGGUAUUAUGAAGGACUAUGAACAUCUCUGGGAUACUGUAUCAAAGUUGGUAAGAAAGUUUGAUGUGGGAAAGCCAUUUCCUGUGAGAACUACAAAACUUAAUUUUCUUAGCAAGAAUCCAUCACCAAUCAAAGAUAGCUCUCAGAAAACAAUGCCUAAUUUGGGUUUUAUUCCAAUGUCAUCUAAGUUGAUUGAUGAGUUUGCGGGAGACAUUUUGAAAGAUUUGCCUUUCCUAAGGAGCGAUGAUCCUAUUGUUACUUCAAUUGUUAAACAAAAGGAAUUUGAUGAACUUGUGCAUUGGCACUCUCACAGACCCCUCAGUGAUGAUUAUGACAGGACAAAGCCCAACUUUGGUGAAAACCCUAAGGACCCUUAUGUUCUUAAAAGCAUACAAAAGCUUCAUCGCUUUCAAAGAUUUUAUGGGAACUCUUUAGAAUCAGUCUCCACAAAACUCAUUGUAACUCAAGGUGUUAAGCCAAAGAAGGAUUUUAAUGAGUCCAAGAACAAAAAGGCACAUGAGACCAAGGCUCAAAUAAUUACUCGAGAAAAUAAGAAGAGGUUACUUGCCAAGGAAGAACAAAAAGAAGAGCAAAAAUGGAAUGCUCUGUCAUUUUCUAUUGAAGAAAAAAUGAAAGAGAAUUUAGACUCUGGAAUAAAUGACCUGGAAGACUUUUUGAAAUCAUGCAAAAGCAACUCAGUGAAAGUUCAAGUAGAGAUGGCAGGAUUAACAGCUUGCUUGAAAGCUUGGAAAGAGCACUGCCGAUCUGAGAGUGAAACCACAAAAGAUUUAAGUGUAGCUGUUCAAAUGAUGAAAAGAAUCCACUGCUUGAUGGAAAAAUACCCAGAAUUUCUUCAAGAAGCUGAAUGGAAACUCAUAGCCAAAUGCCUUAAAUAUUUAGGGUUUGAUGAGUUGGCAAAUUCUUUAUGCCAAACUCAGGAUGUAGAUGACAUAAAGGAGAAGAAAAGGAAUAAGUAUUCAGUUGGCAUUGGGCCAGCUCGAUUUCAACUUCAAUACAUGGGGCAUUAUUUGAUACGAGAGGAAAGAAAAGAUCCAGAUCCGAGGGUCCAGGACUUUAUUCCUGACACAUGGCAGCGAGAGCUCCUUGAUGUUGUGGAUAAUUAUGAGUCGGCAGUAAUUGUUGCCCCAACGUCCUCAGGCAAAACCUAUGCUUCCUAUUACUGCAUGGAGAGAGUGCUGAAGGAGAGCGAUGAAGGGGUGGUUGUAUAUGUUGCACCCACAAAGGCCCUUGUUAAUCAAGUAGCAGCAACUGUUCAGCAUCGUUACACCAAAAAUCUGCCAAGUGGUGGAGCUCUUUGUGGUGUGUUCACAAGGGAAUAUCGUCAAGAUGCUCUAAACUCUCAGGUACUUGUCACAGUCCCUGCCUGCCUUGAAAUUUUGCUGCUAGCUCCUCAUCGCCAAAAUUGGGUGAAAAGGAUCAGAUAUGUUAUAUUUGAUGAGAUUCACUGCCUUGGUGGAGAAAUUGGUGCAGAAAUCUGGGAGCAUCUCCUUGUUAUGAUCAGAUGUCCUUUUUUGGCUCUGUCGGCUACCAUAAGUAACCCUGAACAUCUCACUGAAUGGCUACAAUCAGUGAAACGAUACUGGAAAGAAGUAGACAGUACAAUAGGAAAACGUAUGGCUUCCAAAAGAAAUGGUGGCUAUGGUGCCAACUUUCCCAAAGACUACAUGCAAGUAAAACAGUCAUAUAAAGUUAGACUUGUGCUCUAUGGAGAGAGAUACAAUGAUUUAGAGAAGUAUAUAUGUUCCAUAAAUAACAAUGACAUUUAUUUUAAUCAUUAUCACCCAUGUGCUGCACUGACGACAGAUCAUAUUGAAAGAUAUGGAUUCCCUUCUGAUCUUAGUCUUUCACCUCGAGAAAGCAUCCAGCUUUAUGACACUAUGUUUCAAGUCUGGAAAACAUGGCCCCAGGCCCAGGAACUGUGUCCAGAGAACUUCAUUCAUUUUAAGGAUAAAGUAGUCAUUAAAAAGUUGGAUGCUAGAAAGUAUGAAGAGAGCUUAAAGGUGGAAUUAACAAAUUGGAUUAAAAAUGGCAAUGAAGAGAAGGCCAAAAUGGUGCUGAGAUAUCUUCGUCCUCAUUUGGGUUCUUAUUCAGGAAACAUGAUGGACAAGUUCCCACUUCUUGUUGAAAAGCUAAGGAAAAUUGAGAAGUUGCCCGCAUUGUUUUUCAUAUUCAAGUUAGAAACUGUAGAAAAAUGUGCUGAUAGUGUGAAAAAAUUCCUGGAGGAAAAAGAGAUGAAGAAAAGGCCUCCUAAAGCAGAUAAAGAAGCCCACAUCAUGGCUAAUAAACUUAGAAAAGUUAAAAAAUCCCUGGAGAAACAAAAGAUAAUCGAUGAGAAAAGCCAGAAAAAACCCAGAAAACUGGAUCAAAGCAUAAUACAGGAAGCUGAACAUGAUUAUUUACUGAAAAGUCUAGAGAAGAACAUGGAAAUCCCUCAGGACUGCACGUAUGCUGAUCAAAAAGUGAUGGAUCCUGAGUCAUUGCAGAAGGUGUUUGAUCGAGUAAAAUUUGAAAGAAAAGGUGACCUACUGAAAGCUUUGGCAAAAAGGGGCAUUGGAUAUCAUCAUAGCUCCAUGAGUGCCAAAGAAAAACAGUUGGUUGAAAUUCUUUUCAGAAAAGGAUUUAUUAGGGUGGUGACUGCUACUGGAACACUUGCUUUAGGAAUCAACAUGCCUUGUAAAUCUGUGAUUUUUGCUCAAAACUCAGUCUAUCUGGAUGCUUUAAAUUACAGACAGAUGUCUGGUCGUGCUGGAAGACGAGGUCAAGACUUGCUGGGAAAUGUGUAUUUCUUUGAUAUCCCAGUGGUCAAAAUUGAAAAACUCAUCAAAUCCAAAGUUCCUGAGCUGAGGGGACAGUUCCCUUUCAGCGUAUCACUGAUCCUGCGACUCAUGCUGCUGGCUGCCAAGGCAGAUGACCCAGAGGAUGGCAGAGCAAAGGUGAUGUCAGUGCUAAAGCACUCAUUGCUGUCCUUCAAGCAACCCAGAAUCAUGGAGAUGUUAAAACUUUACUUCCUGUUUUCUGUGCAGUUCUUGGUGAAAGAGGGCUAUCUAGACCAAGAAUGCAAUCCUAUGGGAUUUGCUGGACUUGUGUCACACUUGCAUUACCAUGAGCCUUCUAACCUUGUUUUUGUUAGUUUUCUUGUAAGAGGUCUUUUCCAUGAUCUUUGUCAGCCAACUAAGAAAGGCUCUAAACAUUUUUCUGAAGAUGUUAUGGAAAAGCUGGUGUUAGUAUUGGCAAAUCUCUUUGGAAGAAGGCAUCUUCCAGCAAGAUUCCAAGAGGCUAACUUCAAGUUUUAUCAAUCAAAGGUGUUCCUUGAUGAGCUUCCCAAGGAUUUCUUGGCUGCCUUGCAGGAGUAUAACAUGCAAAUUACAAAAGACUUUGCUGCUUUUCUACUAAUCGUGUCCAAAUUGGCUGAUAUGAAACAGGAAUGUCAGCUUCCUCUGUCAAAAAUCGAAUUCACAGGAAAAGAAUGUAUAGACUCCCCCCUGGUGUCUCACUUGAUGAACUGCACGGAAGGAAGAGUAGCAAUUUCACCAUUUGUUUGUCUCUCUGGAAACUUUGAUAGUAACUUGCUUCACCCAAAAAUUCCAAAUCAUGCCAUUCUGCGCACAAUUGGUAUCAAUCACACUCAAGCCCCUGUAUUGUGGCCACAAAGCUUUGAUAGUCAAGGAAGAAUAAUGCCACUUAAUGCUUAUGCACUUGACUUCUACAAACAUGGUUCCUUGGUAGGAUUAACCCAGGACAACAGGAUACAUGAAGGGGCAGCUUACCAGUUGUUGAAAGACUUUGCACUCACCAUUAAAUCAAUCAGCGUUUCCUUGCGUGAACUGUGUGGAAAUGAAGAUGAUAACGUUGUUUUAGCAUUUGAACAACUGAGUAAAAACUUUCUCGAAAAAUUUAAAAAGGUCUAACCAAAAACUACAAAACUGCCUAAAAUACUGUCUGAAAAGUUUUACAAUUAUGUUUUUAAUUCUGGUGCUUUGUGUCAAAACAAUUGAAGGGCAAGCACUUUGGAGGUAAAGAGUUGCAAUCAAUCCUACCCUGUUCUGUCCUGUGUGCUCUUGGACAAGUUAUUUAGUGUAUCUGAUUCUUUGCUAAAAUAUUUUUAUUUGCUUUUCUCUUUGGUGUCAGGAUUUGUAAAAAAGUUUAUUAAGGCUAGAAAAAAUGAUGACGGCCUCCUGAAGGUGAGAUAUAUUCUUUCCGAUGAAUGUAAAUGGGAUCACAUGACUUAGUUAUAUACCUACUGAUUAGUGCAUUCUAAUGAACAAACUAUCUUUUAAAAGCACAAAUGAGAGUUUUGAUAUAAAUUUUGUGAUGUUUUAAAAGAAAACAUGUAGCUGAUGAUUUGAUUUUAAUUGUAUAUAAGUGACUGUAAAACCAAAAAAGAAAUAAAAUUGGUUAAA